AUGCAGCCGCGGGGCGACAGAGUGGCGUCACAGAACACAGCGAAGAUGGUGGAGAUGAUGGAGGCCGCGCAGAGCCAGGUCCUGAACAUUGAGCGGAUGCAAGCGCUGGAAACCUGGCUGAAAACCACAGACACAAAACUGAUUCAAGUCAACGGCCAGAGGAAGUAUGGAGGACCACCUGAGGUGUGGCACAGCCCAAUCCCAGGAGCCAACUGUGAGAUCUUCAUCAGCCAGAUCCCACGGGACAGCUACGAGGACCAGCUGAUUCCCCUGUUCAGCUCUGUGGGGCCUGUCUGGGAGUUUAGGCUCAUGAUGAACUUCAGCGGGCAAAACCGUGGCUUUGCAUAUGCUAAAUACAGCUCAUCGGCUUUAGCUACAGAAGCAAUCUGCAAGCUGGAUGGCUACAUGCUGGAGCCUGGCUCCUGCAUCAAGGUCUGCCAGAGUAUAGAGAAGAGACACCUCUGCAUUGAAGAGCUGCCGGCCACCACCAGACAAGAGGACCUGCUGAAGGUUCUGCGUGUGAUGGCUGAGGGCGUGCAGAAAGUUUCUCUGACAGCUGGGCCUGGUAUCGAGGGGGUGUCUGCCAUAGUUAGCUUCUCAUCCCACUACACUGCUUCUAUGGCCAAGAAAAAUCUGGUUGAAGUGUUCAAGAAGCAGUUUGCACUGAAUGUCUCAAUCAUUUGGCAGUCGAGUGUGAACCUGCACCCAGAUGAACCACUGACUCCAAACAAGCCUCCUAAGAGCCUCCUGGCAUCUCCCCUGAGGCCGCCAUGCCACAUCCUGAAGGCUCCACAGUCCUCAGUCCUUCCUCCAUGUCUGGCCUCUCAUCCACCCAGCCCCCCAGGUUUCUGCAGAGCAGUGGGAGGACCCACUGCCGUUCUGCACCCUCCCUGUCCCCACCACCUCAAAUUUUCCUCUUCGCAGGUUGAUGGAGUGCCUCUAGAAUCCCCGGUGAAGCUCCUGCGUAAGGUGUGUGAGGUGACAGGGGUUGGUCAGCCACGCUAUGAGAUGUCCUACACCCACGCUGGAAGAAAUGGAUUCCUCCACUUCACCUACACAGUGUGUAUCCCCAGGAUAACCACUCCAUUCAAAGGGCUGGUCAUGAUCCUUCCAGGACCCACUGCCAGCACCGUGCAGGAGGAAGCUCGGCAGGCUGCAGCCAAACAGAUCCUGCAGGGAAUUUACAACAACUAG